CGCGAGCCGCCCAUUAUUCAUGUUCAUUCACACGAGAUUUAAGGAGACACGACAGUAGAUAGCGGACCUAACGGUCUCGCCUCUGAUGUCUCUUAAAAACACAAAAAAAAAACGCCCCGCUGAGUUGUACCGUCUCUUCCAGUGGCUUCGUCAGCGCAGUUUUAUUGUUUUUGAGACAAGUUUAUACAUUUUAACCGCACAUAUAUCCCCCCCAAAAAACCUUAAUGUACUAUAUAUUAAUACAUUAAAUGCACUGCUAGAGUGUUUAGGAUUAGGCCAGAUACGAAGUUGUACAGCUUUACAUCGAAACGUGAAUUAUAUCUGACGUUCUGCAGUUUAGCUGUUAGCAUAACACUUAUUUGUUUGUUUGUUUUUCUCAGCCUGUAACGUUAGGUUGCUAAGCAGCAUAUUUAUUUUGUCGCUCUGACAUGCAGCACAUAAAUCCGUUUUGAAAACCCCUUUAAUUUGUGACCUCAGCUCAGAGGGAGGGGUUACACGCCCCUCUGUCUAAAAACGGUUUCUCUUGCUUGGCUGUCUUAUUUGAACUAUUGAGGGAGGAGGAGAAGACACCCGGUCCUCUGCGUUUAGAGCCGAUAGUCUCUUAUCUCCGCAUCCGAGAAACACUCCCGUUAAUCGCGCAUCACCGGGAUCGUGUGUCGGACCUCCGAAGAUAGACAGAAGGGGGGAAAAGACUCUGGCUUUGAGACUAUCCGAAAAACGGAAAGAUAACGGGAGUUUCUCGAGUAGAAGUUCGGAACAAGAGAAAAACAGAUAGAAAGGCAGAACAGUAUUAUUAUCCCCCCUUCAAACCAUCCAGUUUGAAAGAUUAAAAAACAAAAAUGACUAGAAGAUCUUGUGCCAUUUACGCCACCGGAAUCGUGUGCGCUCAUUUGCUCAUUUUGGGAAUCGCCCUUCUGGUGGCUCAAGUCUUCCAAACAAUGAUUCAAGAACGGAUAAAAAAGGAGAUCACACUGGCUGAGAACAGUAGAGUACUGGACGGCUGGAUAAAUCCACCACCACCUGUUUACAUGCAGUAUUUCUUCUUCAAUGUUUCCAAUCCAGAUGAGUUUUUGGCUGGAAAGGAAAAGCCCAAAGUCACUCAAAUAGGACCAUAUACCUACAGGGAAUAUCGACCAAGGGAAAAUGUCACUUUCCUAGAGAAUGGGACGAAAAUCUUUGCCACAAAUCCCAAAAGCUUUGUGUUUCUCCGUGACAUGUCAGUGGGAGAUCCUGAGGUUGACCGUGUGACAACAGUUAACAUUCCAUUCAUUGCCGUGAUGAACGAGUUAAACUCCUACCCCUUCUUUCUGAGGUCGUUUGUGUCUAUGUGGAUGAGAUCCUUGGGCAUCGAGGUGUUUAUGAAUCGUACAGUUCAUGAGGUCCUGUGGGGUUUCAAAGAUCCACUGCUGUCCAAAAUCCACACCAUGAGUCCAGACGUGGAUGAGCAUUUCGGCCUUAUGUACAAUAAAAAUGGAACCCAUGAGGGUGAAUUCGUCUUCCACACUGGAGAGAAGAACUACAUGGACUACGGCAAGAUUGACACGUGGAAUGGCAUCAGUCAGAUGAACUGGUGGUCGUCUAACCAGAGCAACAUGAUCAAUGGUACCGAUGGCAGUGUCUUCCACACCUUCCUGUCCAGGAAAGAGCUCCUCUACAUCUUUGCUGCUGAUCUUUGCCGAUCCAUUCAUUUGGGUUACGUGGCUGACACAGAAGUGAAGGGCAUCCCUGCCUUCCGCUUCGCCCCUCCUUCAGAUGUGCUCGCGCCCCCGGAUGAGAACCCCAGUAACGCUGGCUUCUGUGUGCCUGCUGGAGAUUGUCUAGGAAAAGGAGUCCUCAAAGUCAGCGUCUGUCGGCAAGGUGCACCCAUUGUUGUGUCAUUCCCUCAUUUCUACCAAGCUGAUAAGAAGUACAUCAGUGCCAUUGAUGGAAUGAAUCCAAACGAGGAAGACCAUGAAACGUAUCUCGACAUCAACCCGACCACGGGGGUUCCCAUUCGUGCCUGUAAGAGAGCUCAGCUCAAUGUCAUACUGAAGAGAGUCCCUGGCUUUCCCAAAACAAAAAACCUGAAUGAGACAAUUUUCCCCAUCAUGUAUGUCAACGAGACCGCAACUAUCGACGAUGAUUCUGCAGCCCAGAUGAGGACGCUCCUGCUGAUUGUAACAAUGGUGUCCAACUUCCCAGUCAUCAUUGUGGGACUGGGGGUCAUUUUACUUGUGGUCCUGAUCUUCCUCGUCUGCAGGAACCGCCAGAGAAAGAAUGAAGUAAAACGCAUUGAUUUUACUGAAGCUUUUCAUUCUUUUGCUACGGCGAAAGACGAAACGGCUUACACUCAAGUGAGCAACCAAGCAGAGGAUUCCCCAGAGAACCGGAACAAUCAGCCGUUGAGGAACGGAUCUUAUAUCGCCAUGUCCCCAGUAGAGGGGCAAAAGUGUUGAUGAAGAAGACUGGUGGAGUCUCACCUGAGGACAUCACGGCGAUCCUCCUCACCCUUUUUAUAUGUUAGUUUUCACUGUGCGAUUCGUUUUCGGGGGCCAGGCCCCGCACGCUCACCACCGUUUGCCGAGGGUCACUUAUUUGACUCGUGACUUCUUUCUUUCCUUGAGCAUGGCCUUUUAAACUGCCAUAUCGUCAAUCAAAACGUAUAUAAGCUCAAAGCACCCACUUCAGUUUCGAACAACCGUCUCUGGCUUUCCAGAGGCUUCUGUUGCCUAGUCCCGAGAGGCCUGAAACACACUAUCUUGCCUUUUGAAAAUACAUAUAUGCAUCGCAUGCUAACAGAGUCCAUAGUUCCUGAAGGGUCAUAAACCCUUUCAGCAUGAGAGAGCUUUAAAGGGUUAAAACCCUGUGCUUUUAAAGUGUUUCAGAUCUCUUCCCACACUACUGUAUACAGGUCUACACAGGCAGACCUUGAACUAACACGGCUCUUCAUACGUCAAACCCUAUGAUAAUGAAUGGAUAUCGGUUUACCUCCUCUAAGAGUAUUGGAGAGCUGAAAUAUCUAAUAUGCUAACAAAACACUGGGUCUUAUCCAGAAUGUGUGUGUGUGUGUGUGAGUGAGAGAGAGUUUGUGUGUGUAAUUAUAUGUGUGUGUAUCUCUGCAGGCAUGUCAGUGCUUGCAUGUUUUCGUCACACUGUGGUGAACUGCUCUGGUGGGUCACCGUCCACCGCUUGGCACGAUGCAGUGUCGACAAGUGGAAACUAGUGACUUCAGCGGUUCUCUCCAUUUCACAGUAUUUUAGUCACAUUUAUUCUGACGCCAGAAACAUUUCAGUAAUGAUGGCUGUUAAAAGAGUUCAGACAGUCUCCUUUAAAGCAUCGUAGCUUUUAACACACAUGUAGAACACUUACAAAGUGAGACUUGAAUUUUUCUGCCUUACAAAUACUUACGAACACAAUGUGAUUCUGCCGCAUAGAAGUAGUGGGUUUAUGGUGGAACUAGUCGAAAUGUCAGACAGAUAUCAGCGAAUCAGUGGCGACUACAGGGAACUACAUCCCUCACUUUUCACAGCAAAACACAUCUGUUCUGUAAUCUCGAGAGCACAACUACAGUCUGCUGAGCCCACAGUCUAAUCAAAGAGGAAGGGGGGUUAAAGGUCAAAAGUUUUUUGAGGGGUUAUCGGUGAAGUUUGCACAUUUUUUCUGUGCUCUAACCCUCAGUGGGCGAAAGAGACUCUAGCACUUGAAUCACUGCUUGUGUCUAUUGAAAUUUAUUAACCGUUUUGCUUUUUUUGGAGCCUUCUCUAUUGCUAAAAUAUGAAUCGAGGCCAUAUCUUAAAUCAACUUGAACAGGAUGUGGCAAAAUAUCACUAAAGACGAGUCGUCGCCUGCAUCUCUGUUUGUCCAAAUGAAUCUGUCUGGUUAUCAGUCUGAAGGUGCCAGAACCCGUGUGUGCAGUUACACUCGGUUGUUUUAAAGUCGUAUGUUUCUGUAAAUCAUUCCUGUUUUGGUGACACUUGCUGGAAUGAUUGACGUUUGUUAACUUUUACUUGAUGUAAACCAUCUGUUACUUAUUGCGUCCGUGUUUUUUCGUGGAUUGCAGUGCACAUUGUUGCAUAUUUGCCUGUGCCAUGGAAUUAGCUAAUCUUGAAGAUUUAGUGCAAGAUUUAAACUGGAAACACUGUGUAUUUGCAGUGUCUGUCUUAUGCAGCUGUAUGUGAACAAAACAUUGAGGGAAAGGAUUUCAAGCUUUAGUGUAAUGAACUUCCAGUCCGUUACAGCGGCUCUUUGAGUUUGGUCAUCAGUGCAAAUAGUAUAUAAAGUACCUGCGCCUGAGCCAUUACUAUAGUUUCCUGAUUCCUUAUGGUGACUUUUGCCCCUAUAUGCUUAACCAAAGAUUACAUUGGUUUGGUAGAUAACUGGUCCACACAGAGAGCUGUAGUGCCAUCGAUUUCCCAUUUACCGGAGCAUUAGAACCUCAUUGCAUACAGGGGCAAAUAAAGAAAACAAACAAUUGAAAAAGUCACGAAAUAUUUUCCAGAGCAUACUAUGUGAGUUUGUAAUAAUGUGAUACAGCAAAGAACUUAAGAUGUAAAGUGUUGCCACACGUGCAAAGAAACUCUCAGUAUUAUGUAUUGACACAGCAAUACAAUAUGUAAGAAGCAAAUUUUAUAAUAAAGUAAAAAGGUUUUGUAAUCAGACAGAUAAAUAUUUAUGUAUUCAUAUGUUCAAUGGUAUGUACAUUAUCUGAAUUUUUAAGGUAUUUUCUUUGGUCUCGUUCAUUUCUGUAUUUUGUAAUUAUUUUGUAAUAUUACAAGUGGGGUCAUGACAUUUUUUUUCCCCUUAAGAUUUAUGAAGUAGAACCAAGUGAAUAUUGUCCUAAAUUGGAGAUGGAACAAUGUAUGUGGUUGUAAAAACUGUUAACUUUGAUGGAGAAAGGCUUGUGUUGUAUCUGUGGGAUGUGAGCCUAUCGUGUGUAAUGAUCUCCUGUUGUACAACUAUCUCAAGCUUUCAACACACUGUUUGUCCAACUGGAAUAUCAAAGGGAAGGCUGAGUGUCUUCGAGUUCCACUGGGGAAGAUUGCCAUAGUGCCAUGUCGGGUACAAGGGAAAUUUCCAAUUGCAAUCGAACCUUUUUUUUCUUAGAUGAAUGAUGCCCUCCUUCAGGGAUGAGCUUUUAGUGCCAUAUCAUCCUUGUUUAUUUCACUUGCUUUAGAAGCAACACGGUUAAGCAGUGUAGCCAUUGUUAUUUGUUUUAUUUCCCCCCUCGGCCUUCAUUUCAGGGCUGCUAAAUGCCCUCACAACAACUUUUGAGGGUGGGCUUAAAAACACUGAACACUUCAUAAAGUCCUUCUGAGAUGCAUUGUGGUUUUUGCUGCUGAGAAUGACAAUCCUUAUGCAUAUUAGGUGCAAAUUCAUUUCAAGUAAAAUUCAUGUUUAGUUUUGAUAAUUUACUCCGCACAAAUCUUUCUACAAUGCUUUUGUAAACAUUUUUAGUGUUAUUUGCAAAAAAAAUAAAAUGUUGAAAUUU